AUGGAAGAAAUGGAUACACAAAGCAAAGGGGGGGAAAAUAACGAAAAUUUAAAUAAUUGUUCAAAAGUAAUAGACGAAAAUGUUAUAAACACAUUAUCAUUAAAUUGUACAGAAUACCAUCAAGACGUUUUAAAUUAUAUAAAUUAUUUUUUUUUAGAGAAUAAAAAUAAUAUAGACAUUUUUUUCCAAGUAAAAGAUUCUUUAAAAUGUUCAAAUUUAUCAUUAACACAAUUAUUAAAAAAUAUAAAUUUAUUAUCACAUAUUAUAUAUUUCCAAAAUUUAAAUGAACAAAAUUUAUUAACAUCAAACGAUAUAGAACAUAUACAAAAUAUCUUAUAUAAAAAUGAAAAUAAUUAUUCUACUAAUUAUACAAUUAUAUAUAAUUCUAUAAUUUUUUUAACAGAAAUUAUAAAAUUAAGUUCUCAUGUUGGUACAAAGAUUUUUGCAUAUUAUCAGAUAUACAGAUCUUAUGCAAUAAUCCAAAAAAUUUUAUUUAAAGAUUUUUUAAUUCAUAAUUUAAAUAUAAAAAAUAAUGAACAUUUUUAUGUCUUAAAAAAAAAUGAAGCAAUAUUUAUUGAUAACCAUAUAAUAUUAAAUAUUAUAAAUAUGUUAAAUAGUGAAAAUAAAUUAUUAAAAAACAUAGGAUUAUAUUUAUGCCAUAUAUUUAUUAAUAUAAUAAGUCAGUGUAAUUAUAUUAUUAAUUAUAUAUUACUUAUUAUUUUUCACCAAAUAAAUUAUGAUGAAUAUAUAUUAGCCUUUUCUCUUUUAGUCAAAUUAGUUCCUUAUUUAUCUCAUGAUGUUUUAUAUUCUGUUAUAAAAAAAAUAUAUAAUUCUAUUUUAAGAAGGCGUGGGCGUAUAGAUAAGGGGGGGCAGUCAACCAAAGUAAACAAAUUAGGCGAAGUAAACAAAUUAGGCGAAGUAAACAAAGCAGCCGAAAUAAACAAACCAGCCGAAGUAAACAAACCAGCCGAAGUAAACAGAUACAACGUGGGCAGUGUCAGGCGAUUAGCUAAUGAUAUAUUUUCAUAUACAGCCUGCAUAUUUUUAGGACAUAUUUCUGCCAUUUUAAACGAUGUAAAUAAAUAUGUUAGUUAUUUUUUAUUUAAAAAAUUUUGGAUUCUAAUAAAUGAAAUUAUGUCUUUAGAUUAUAUAAGAGAUAUUGAAAAAAAUGUUAUAAAUUUAAUAGACAUCUUUUUUUAUAGUACUACAAUCUUAAGUAUAAACAAUAUUUAUUUAUUUAACAUCCAAAUGAUAAAUUUAAAAUUAUUGUUAAAUAUAUCACAUACACACUUGAUAAAAAAAAGAAAAAUAUUAUUUUUUACUUUUAGAAGUAUAUUAUUUUUAUUAAAAAAAAAUAGAAUAAUUCCAUAUAUAAGUAAUAAAUAUUUUUUAUAUCAAAAUAAACAAUUUUUUAAAACUAACUAUUUUUAUUAUAUUUAUUUUACAUUUAUAUUGACUAUAAAAAAUAAUGAAAUUAUUAGAUGGUUUAAUUUGGUGGAUCUAGAUGAUGAAAUAACUAAAUUUAUCUUUGUUCAGAUUAUUUAUGAAAUAUCUACCAUUCAAAAUUGUUUAUAUUUUCCAAAAAUCGAAAAAAAUAUCCCAAAAAAAGUCGAAAAAAAAGUCCCAAAAAUAAUCGAAAAAAAAGUCCCAAAAAUAAUCGAAAAAAAAGUCCAAAAUCACAAUUUUGUUGCCAAUUGUUCUAGCAAUGUACAUGAUAUUUAUUUCGACAUUUUUGUCAACCGAUUUGUGUCUCUAUUAAAGAAUAGCCAUUUUGAAAAAACCGAAAAAACCGAAAAAACCGAAAAAAAUGCUGAAAAAGAGGCUGAAAAGGAGGCUGAAAAAGAGGCUGAAAAGGAGGCUGAAAAGGAGGCUGAAAAGGGGGUGGGCAAAAAUGGGCAGUUCAAUUUUACUAUAAAUAUAAAUGGAGAAGAUAAAGAUAAUGGGAAUAAUAAUUUAAAAAAUGAGGCUGAGAAAAAUGGGACAAAUCUAGAUGUAGAAAAUAAAAUCGAUUCUUUUUUUGAAAACUUAGUGAAAUUAGCUAAAGAGAAUGAAAAAAAAAAAAAACUGGUUGUAAAAGAAUUAGACAUUAAUUUAGUUAUAAAAAAAGAUGAAAGAGAAAAGGAAAGAGAAAAGGAAAGAGGAAGAGAAAAGGAAAGAGAAAAGGAAAGAGAAAAUACCAACUUCCUUUUUAAUCUCAGUAUGAACCCCUCAAAUUGUGAUUCACAAAUUGAAAUAAAUAACAAUGCUAAAUUUAUUUCACCAUGUAAUGAUGUAAAAAAUGAAGAAUUUACAAAUUAUAAAAUACAAACAAAUGAAGAGAUAAGCUCUAUCGAUAGUUCAAUAAGCAAAAACAGUUUUAUAAGUGAAAUCAGCAAUAACAUACAUAUGACAUCAUCUAGCGAAAUCAGCAAUAACAUACAUAUGACAUCAUCUAGCGAAAUCAGCAAUAACGUACAUAUGACAUCAUCUAGCGAAAUCAGCAAUAACGUACAUAUGACAUCAUCUAGCGAAAUAAAUAACAUAACAUCUAAUAUUUUUAUAAACAAUAAAAAUUGUGAAACAGUUGAAAAUUAUUUUAUAUAUUAUUGCUUAUAUUUAUUAAAAACAAAUAAAAUAAAAUUAGGGAAUUUAUUUCACAAGGAUACUAUAAAUCGUCAUCAUAUUUUUGGAAAUGAAUAUUUAAAAUUUAAACAAAUUAUAAAAAAUAGAAAAAUUGAAAACACAAUAGAAUCUCAUAACCUUGAAGAAAAAUUAAGUGAUACUUCAUAUCCUAGUAAAGAACAAAUAAAUAAUUUAACUAUAAAAAAAAUAAUGUUUAUAAAAAUUUUGUUUUUUUUAUAUGAACAUAGUAAAUCUAUAUUGCUAAAACUUCAUAUAUUAAAAUGUUUAGCAGUUUUAUCUAGAUAUAUAGUAUUCAAAAAUGAUGCUAAAAAUAUGGUUAGAAUAUUUAACAACUUUUUUUUAUUUUUAAACAUUAUACAUUCUAGUGGACCGAACAAUAAUCCCAUUCGAAAUUUGGUUAGUGAUGAAGAUACUAAUCAUAGCACUAGUAUACAUACACAGCAUUUAAAAAAAAAAAAUGUAAAAAAUGUAAAAAAUGGAAAAAAUAUAAAAAAUAAAAACAAAAGUGACGAAAUGUAUGACCACCUUGAUAACGGUUUUAUUUACACAUCUGGAACCUCUAAUCUUUAUAAUGAUUCCAUAUCUUUGGAUAAGCCAAACUUAAAUGGAAAUAAUUUUGAACAUAUUUUGAACGAGCUUAAAAAUGAUACAAACAUUUCUAUACGUGCUGAAAAAUUUAAUUUUUAUGAUGACUACAAUGAUGAAAUACCCAAAAGUUUGAUCUACACUUUUUUAAUUGACAUUAUAUAUAAAUUAAAAAAUUGCAAAAAUAACCCUAUUUUAAAAUUAUUUUUUCAUAAUUUUUUUAGUAAUAAAUUUGUUCAGGCUUUUGAUAUAUUUUUUAUUUUAAAAAAAGAACAUAUUAUAGAAAUUUUAAAAGAUCCAUUUUUUUAUUUGAUAGAACAGAGAGAAACACAAUCAGAAGAUAUUGAUAGUAACAAUAUACUUAAUGAAAAAAAACAAAACAAUUGUAUAUAUUUUAUUAAAAAACAUAUUUUUUAUAAAACAUUUCAUCUUUUUCAAUUUGAAAAAAACAAUUUUAGAAAUGUUAAGUUGCUUUUUUAUUUUUCAUUUUUCAAUUUCCAUAAAGACAAAUAUAUCAUACAUGAAAUGCGAAAAAAAACAAUUAUAUUUUUAACCAUUUUAAAUAAUAUAUUUUAUUUUGAUAACACACACACACAAAAAUUAUGUACAAGUCAGGUAAAUUCAGUAAAUUCGGAAUCGAAAAAUUAUAAAACACAAAAUGAAGUAAAUGCAAAAAAUGACGUAAAUACAAAAAAUGACGUAAAUACAAAAAAUGACGUAAAUGCAAAAAAUGACGUAAAUGCAAAAAAUUCAUUACGAAAUCUGAAAUCAUUUGGUACUUCAAUUUCUGAUAAUAACAGUGUCAAUGAUAUCGAAAUUAAUGUAACUGAUAAAUUUUCAUGCGAAAAUGAUAAUUAUAUGAACGAGUCAGGUAGUGGUAUAACAACAUGGGGAAGCUCAACUAGCUAUUCGUCUAUACCAUAUUCUGAAAUUUAUUCAUCAUAUUCUUAUUCAGAUGAAAAAUCCGAAAAUUAUGAUGACAUAUAUUCCAUUUCAUCCAUUUCAAAUAAAUCCCUUAAAAAUAGGUUGAUACAAAAUUAUAAGAACUUGGAAAAUGUAGAGAAAUUAAAUUCAGAAAAUUAUAUAAAAAUAAACAAUUUAAAAAAUAAUCAAAAUAACAAUAUUACUCACUGUUCCCAUUUUUACCUGUACAAAAUAGGAAUUUUUUGCAUACGUGCUGGAUAUUUUAAGUAUGGUUAUAAAAUAUUUGAGAAAUUAUAUCUUUUAGUAAAUAAUAGAGAUAUUAAAUUGUGGUUUAAAGCUUUGGAAAAUUAUUCCAAAUUUUAUUAUAUAAAAAGAAAAGGUGAACAUGAUAAUAAAUUGACAUAUUUAUUAAGACCUAUAAAAUUUUUAGAAAAUUCUGAACAGUUCAUAAAAAGUAUAUAUAAAUUUAAAGAUAAUUUUUUCCAUCUAGCUAUUUUUUUAAAAAUCCAACUAAAUAUAUAUAAAGCAAUUGAUAAUUUAUUAACCCUUGUAAGUGAUAUAAAAGACGAAAUAAAUUUUACUUUGAAUUAUUUUUUUUAUAAUAUAGACAAACUUAUUUCGUCUUUAAAAGAUAUAUUGAUAACUAUCUUAAUUAUAUCAAACAUUAAGCAUAUAUUUUCAAUUUUAUCAAAAAAAAUACUAGGUAUAUAUAUUGUUUUAGUCAAAUCGUUAUUUUUACUUUGCAUAUUUUUAAAACAUAAGAUUGUACCUUAUUUAUUUUUAAGUUCAUCAUUUUUAAUAAACACAUUCAUUAAUCGAGAAUUAAAGCAAAACAAAGAAUAUGACGAAAAAGGAGAAAAUGAAGAAAAAGAAGAUAAAAAAAAUAAAAUGAUAUGCAAAAAUUGUGACGAAGAAAGCGACACAAGCAGUAUAGGAAGUAUAGAUGAUAUGGAUAAUUAUGAACAAGACAGGUCAAAUAUGGUAAUUUAUUCAAUCCAAAAUUUUAUACGAUUUUAUAUUCAUAAGAAAAAGGAAAAAAAUAUUAGAAAAAACAUAUUCUCAAAAGAGUUAAAAAAUAUAGAGGGAAAACCCUUCAAUGAUGUUUUUGAUUAUAUAAUGACUAUGUGGGAUUUAAGAGCAUUUGAAUUUUUUUUUUAUGAACAUAUUCAAAAUUUGAGAGAGAUAUACGACAAUUUAUUUAAAGAUGGAAUAAUAAAUAAGAACAAAAUUAUAACCUUCAUAAAAAUAUAUUUAACAAUCAUAUAUAAAAUUAAUUAUCCAACUCCUCCCAUAUUUCUAUCAUCUCAACUUAUACCAUUUGUGGAAAGUUCGACAUAUAUUUACAGAUCGAAUACGGAUAAGAAGCCCCAUGAAAUCGAAUCGAUGAAGUGCAUUGGCCAGCUCGUAGGAUCAAAGAGUGUCGCAAUAUCAAGUUUCCAUUAUUGUAACAUUAAACUUGUUUUUAAAAAUAAUAUAAUAAAAGAGAUAAAUGUAAAAAGCCGAGGUAUCAAGGUGAUAUAUACGGUUCAUAUAAAAAUAGAAGAUGAUGACUUGAAAUAUUUCAACAUAUUUUUAACUCCCCUUGAUAAAAAAAAAAACCUGAUUGGUCAGGCAAAAGCAACCCUUUUUUUUUUAAAACAUAUUUGA